CAUUGGACGCUGAGAAGAAUGCCUUUUGGAAUAGUACUAACAAGAUUAUAAUGGAAAUAUCGAUAACUUCAGAAAAUAAUCAUGCUUAUGCAACUAAGAUUACAAGAAGGGAUGUAUUCUACCCAGAUAUACCAUCUGUUGUGUUAAAGACUUCAUUGCCAGCAACAUUAUCUUACGAACAAACAGUUUGGAGUGACUUACCUAAUGUACCGACACUACUAAUUGAGUUGUUAAGUGAAAUUGAUAAAUGCAUACCACCAUUAAAGUAUAUAGGUUAUGGUAUUGGUGACUGCACAUUGAAACACUGUGAUAAAAUAUUAAAUGUGUUAUUAACCGCCAGAUAUGAAAGUGAUUUACGUAAAAGUAUAAUUCAUCAGUGUCAUCGGUCAUUACUAGCACAAAUCAUAGUCUUAUUUUUAUUAAGAAUGGAAGAUCCACCGUUUAUUGCGACAUCAACAUUGUGUUCUGCUUUGUUAGAGAAAAAAAUUUCAAUUAAUCUUCAAACACCAAAAUGUGAUCAGUAUGAUGCUAAUAUUGAAAUGAUUAUUCAGGAUUGUUUAACCCCUUUAAGUAUAUAUCAGAAAGCCACUAUAUCGUAUUUCAUUGAAAACUGCCAACGAUGGUGUCAGUCUGAGAUAGCCUAUCAAAUUAAACAGAAUUCUAAGUUUGAACAGAAUGAAGUCUAUCCGAAAUUGUUGGAAUUUUUAGCUCAUUUUUUUUCAAAAUCACUAAUUGGUUUACCGAAAUCGUAUAUUUCAUCAUUAUUGUUAGCACACAGUAAUGCUGAUUUGGAUAAUAUUCGAGAGGAAAUAUUUAUCGUUCUUACUGGAAUGAUUAGUUCAUAUUUUUGGCACAGGAACUCAAUAGAAUGUUUAUGCAUAAUUGAAAGAAAUACAUUUAAUAAAUUACCCACUCUAAUAGGAUCUGAUUCAGAAAAUGAUGAUCUAUACAACGGAGGCUUUUUAUCUGACUAAUUGAUAACAUUCAUCUACACCUGUUCGCAUGGAGUUCUUGCUUUCUUCUAUUUGACAAGGUGACGCUAGGCUUUUUCUAUGUAAAUUAUUACAUGUUCAAGAGUUGGUUGAUGAUAAAUCUUGUGGACGUACAAUACUUCAGGAUGUUUUAUACAGACUUCUGAAUUUUAAUGAAGAUUAGAAUUAUAAUCCGUUAACAUUGUAAGCU